CCCCGGCGGCCAAUAAGCAGCCGGCGGGCUAUGAAUAUGUGAUGAGACCGUGGCCGCGGCCUUUGUCAUGCGGGCCCGGGAGGCGGCGGGAAGCGGUGGCGGCGGCGGGGUGCGAGUCGCAAGAUGGCGACCGCCAUGUACCUGGAGCACUACCUGGACAGUAUUGAAAACCUACCCUGCGAGCUGCAGAGGAACUUCCAGUUGAUGCGGGAGUUGGAUCAGAGAACAGAAGGUGUGUUCAGGUGUUCCGACAAGAAAGCCGAAAUUGACAGUCUUGCAGCAGAAUACAUUGAAUCAGUGAAGAACAUGUUACCCGUGGAGAGAAUGGAACACCUGAAGAAAAUCCAGAGUGCCUACAGCAAAUGUAAAGAGUACAGUGAUGAUAAAGUCCAGCUGGCCAUGCAGACCUAUGAGAUGGUGGAUAAGCAUAUCCGCCGGCUGGAUGCAGACUUGGCCCGGUUUGAAGCAGAUCUGAAAGAUAAACUGGAAGGCAGUGACUUUGAAAAUCCUGGAUCUCGAAGCCUGAAAAAGGGACGAAGUCAGAAAGACAAAAAAGGCUCUCGUGGUCGAGGCAGACGAACAUCUGAAGAAGAUACACCAAAGAAAAAGAAGCUCAAAGGAGGAUCUGAGUUUGCUGAUACCAUCCUGUCAGUGCAUCCCUCAGAUGUCCUAGACAUGCCAGUGGACCCCAAUGAACCUACCUACUGCUUAUGUCACCAGGUGUCCUAUGGAGAAAUGAUUGGCUGUGAUAAUCCUGAUUGCCCAAUUGAAUGGUUCCACUUUGCUUGCGUGGACCUCACCACCAAACCAAAAGGGAAAUGGUUUUGUCCUCGUUGUGUUCAGGAAAGAAAGAAAAAGAAGUAGGGGAAUACAUUUAAUAUUCCUUCCUUCAUGUUGCAAUAUCAUCUUUGAUUAUUUUUUUUAAUCUACCUUCCUUCUUUUUCUGAUAUGAUAUUUGAUUGUCCAGUGGCCAGUUGUAAUUCCAGUCCUUUCAAGUGAAAAUGGCCUUCAGAGGGAGCCCCAAAUCCCUUUGCCACAGGUAUUUUAUUUAUGUUAUACUUGCACAGCACUGAAAUUGGUGUUACUAUGAAGUGCUAGGGCAGCCAGUAGCUGUAGUCUCUGCUAGUUUACUGGAGUCUGUAAAACCACAUAAGGCACUGCAGGAGAACGAAAUGCUUCAAUCCGGUGUGGUGCAUCACCAUCAUUGAAACAAUUUAGGCCUGGAGUUUGAUGUGCAGAGAAGGAAUUUUCUCCGAUGUAGCCUGCAUGAAAGAAAUUAGGUUUCAUUGUUUAGGUGUCAAGUCCAUCUGGUUUGCAGUUUUGUAGUACAGAAAGAAACAGGAAAGCUGGUUCACUGUUUCCAGUGUCUGUUUCCUCAAAGUUUUGCUGGCAUAGGCUUGGGAGAGACAUGAGAUUAAGUCUUCUCUUUUGGGAAAUUUCUUCUGUCUGCCUUUGCACUGCCUUUAUUUUACUUAAUCUUGCCCCCAGUCACAUGAACCUUAAGCAAACCAUUUGGCUUUUCACCUCCUCCUAGAAAACGUUUGUCUUUUGGGGGAGAAAACCUUUAAAAAGCAAAGGAUUUGUCCUGCAGUUUCUUAGUGACAGUAGUACUGAGAGAGGGUGUUACCUUUCCUGGCUGUUUCCAUUUCUCUGAAGAUCCUUUAAGUACAUUACUGUGAAGAUGAAAUCUAAAGUAUUCUAAUAGAGAUAGAAGGUUGGAUUUAUUCAUAAAAUAAGAUGAAGGCCUGACUUUUGUAACUUGUGUUUGCAUGUGUUGCACCUGGGUAAAUCAGGAAAACAAUCUUUAGGGGAAGGCUCCCUAAGAACAAUGUGCAUAUUCCCAGGAGUGUGUGGCAAAGCUGAAAAGCAGCCUUGUAACCUGGGGGCUGGGGUGUGAAUAGCAUUUGCUGUGAAGCACUGCUGUUGAGGAAGACCAUUCAGCAGGAAUGUUUUAAUGUGACUUUUGUCUUUUUUGGGGGGAGGGGGUGGGGUGUUGCACAUUUGCAUGUUCUUCUUUAAGCUGCCUUUCAGAUUAUGAAUGUGAAUCCUUGCUGCCACUACAGUGUCAGUUGCUGCAGCAGUAGGAAGAGAAGGAAAUUAGGAGUAGGAAAACAAACAAAAGUCUUUCUGUUUUUUCUUCCUUCCUUCCUCUGAGUCAGUAGUGGAUGUAGAAGUUGAGGGAAGGGCAGAGAUAAGUGUUGUCUGCGUAUAAACCCCUUGCAUUAUGGGGCUUACCUGCCUGUAAUAAAAGAUGUGGGGGAAGAUGGUCUUGCUCACAGAGGGGGAGGGGAAAAAAAAUACCUACACAAAGCCCUGCAGCAGUAGGCACCAAGGUUCAUGAACUUGCUGUCUGUGAUCCCUAAUGGGUGUUGCUGGCAGCUCUGUGCAGAGCUGUGUACUACUUUGCAUACCAUUGUGUCUUGGUAUAAACUGCUGGAAAAGACAUCAAGAAACUUCCAGAUGAGCUUUUCUUCUGUAAAAACAAUCUGAAUGAACAGUACAGAGGAAAAACCACUGCAAUCAGACAUCGGCACCUAUUCCCAAAAGAGAAGUUUUUUCCCUGUUUUAUACUGACCCUCUUACUUGUGUUUUAGCAGACCACAGCUCUUGCCAAUUUUCCUUCCCUGCUUUGCUCAGUUAGGAUUUGUAGAUGCUGCAGGUAUGUCAAGAGUUACAUAGAAGAAACCUCUUAAUCCUGGGACAGUUUUUCUGUGGACAUUUUGAUCUGUGUAUUGCAUCUGCUAUGGAAAAAAAAAAGCCUGUCUCCAGUCCUGUCAUUUAAAGUGUGAUGCUGCACAUGUGUUCACCACGUUACAUCACUCUGCAUGUUGUAUAUGAAGUUUCCACAGUUCUGUUUACAAGAUAAUGUGCAUUUGUCAUCAUCGCUGUUGUAAUAGCACCCAGAGGGCGGCAGGCAAAUGAAAAGCAGAUUGCUGGAGGGGAGGAGGAGGAAGAGCAGUCCCACAAACCUGACUUUAGACAUGCAGUCAGCCCUCUUUGUUUUUCUGCCUCUUGUUUUGGGGGAGAGCAAAUUUAAUCGUGAUACCUCAUGAGCCAGCCUGUAAUUCAGUAGCCCAUGAGUGAGACCUGUACCUCAUUGACCUGCUAACACUGGAUUGAUGGAGGAGUGUUGACUGUGUUCUGAAGAGUAGUGGUGAUGCUCUUUCAGAUUUUAUUUUCCCCUUCCACCCAAUGAUUUAUAUUACUCUUUCCCCUGUUUCCCCCCAAGGCUUUAUUAGUAGUGGUGUCACCAUAGAUCAAACAUUUGAUUUUUUGAUUUAAAACAAUCUGAAAAAUCCCACUGCACCUCUCUGGAAGUCUCGCUGAAACUAUACUAUACAGAAUUGUGCAGCUGUGGCUUAGUCACUGCAAAGCCUCAGCUCUGAGAACGUGGUCAGGUAGGACAGCAAAACACAUUUUGUUAGCAAGUGCUUUUUCGGGCUUGGAAGAGCAGACACUUUCCACUUUAACCAGCAAAGCAAAAAUAAGCUCUGGAACUUAGUGUCAGUCCUCAAAAGGAAAGAGUUUGCUAGGGUUCAUGAACAGUGUGAGGUACAACAUACUGCUUUUCUUGACAAUGUAAGGUCUCAAAUGAUCCGAUACCAGCAAUAAACUGUUCCACUCAGAACACACCAAUGUGGGGGCUCUGACAGGCUCAGGAGUGUCUCUUGGCCAAUUUUUAAGACACCUUAUAGACAGAAAUACCGGUAGCCUUCAUUUUUGCUUACUAAGGGAUUUAAAUCUUUCUCCUGAAUUUUGAAUGUACAGUGUUAAAUAUACUUUCAUGGAGAAGGGUGAACAGGAUCCACAAAGGAAUGUUCCACUAAAGAUUGUCGCAAUACUCGAAUACCUUGUGGGGUUCAGCUUUAUUGCAGCUUGUCCAAACUGGAGAUGAAACAACUUUAACCCAAUUGUUCUAUUUUUUAAAGUAAUUAGAUCUUUGUUCCCUUUGUAAAUGGAAGAGAAUAUAAAUCUUUUUAUUAAAAAAAAAAGAAAGAAUGUAAAGUAAAAAUGUAUAUCUGUAUUUUUGGAUCAUGUUAUAGAUAAUGGAUAUAUUGUUAUAAAUAAAGUAUUUUUGGGAACAACGA